CCCUCUUCGGCACACCAUUCUUACUUUUAACUAAAAUCUAAAUCCCGUUGAAUCUUAUAAAUACGCAUCUCUUCGUGCACAAGAAGAAAAAAAAAAAAAAAGUAGAAAACAAAAAUGGCAUCGCAACAGGAAAGAUCAGAGCUCGACGCUAAAGCCAAGCAGGGUGAGACUGUGGUUCCUGGCGGAACCGGCGGUAAAAGCCUUGAAGCUCAAGAACGUCUCGCCGAAGGUCGGAGCCGGGGCGGGCAGACGAGAAAAGAGCAAUUAGGGCAGGAAGGGUAUCAGGAGCUGGGGCACCAAGGAGGAGAGGCAAGAAGGGAGCAGAUUGGCCACGAAGGCUACCAAGAGAUGGGCCGUAAAGGAGGGCUGAGCACCAUGGAUAAGUCCGGUGGGGAGCGAGCGGCGGAGGAAGGAAUUGAGAUCGAUGAGUCCAAGUUCAGGACCAAGGACCGUUAACUGCAACUUAGGGCUCAACGUGUGUGUGUUAAUACACAAAUAUAAUAUAAUGUUUGCAUGUGGUCUGUUCUUGUCUUGUCGUUUUUGCGUUAUGUGAUUUAAUAAGGUUGCUUUGUAGUUCCUAUGUUUUGGUUUUGGUUCUUUACCAUGAACAAGCACGGAUUUUGCUAUGUUAUGUAUCUUGAUGGGAAAGGACGAAGGAAAGUGUCUUUUGAACUUUAAUUUUGAAUCGAAUCUCGGGUCCAGUUUGGAAA